AUGUAUUGGUUCAAUUUAUUUAGAAAUACUUUGGCGUUUCCAACACUUGACAAGAAAUUCGAAGAAAUUAAGGAACUUUCCAGUGAAAGUAUUGAAAAAAUCAGAAAAAUUCAAGAUAAGGAAACACUUUAUGAAAUUAUUGACCAUUUAAAGAGUCAAGAUUCUGAUGAUGUACCACUCAUUGAUUCUUUCCAAUACACAUACGAAAGAGCUCCCAAAGUUGAAAAACUCAAAGAAAAUUAUUUAAAGCUGGCACUCAUAUUGACAGUCAUGUAUAAUGGAUAUCAAUUUUCAUAUUUGAAAGAUCAUGUUGUUAUUUCAUUGAAGAAAAAGAAUAAGGGAAAUCAGGACAAGUUUAUUUGUCCUCUUCCAACAUUCUGCAUGUUGAUUUUAUUCUCAAAUGCUCAGGAAAAUCUUCCAUUUGAUAAGAAGCAUUCGGAUGAUUUAUUCGUAGCUCCAUAUAUUUCAUCUGAAACUGUUAAGAAAGUUAAAAAGAAAAAAAAGAAAUCAAAAGCAUACGAUUCAGAUGAUUCGAUUCUUCCUCCUCUGAAGAUGAUGACAGACCAAAUAUUCAAUUAA